GAACAAAAGUAUUCUGCUGCUGUAGCGAGGAUUCAGGACCUGGAAGCUGAGCUUAAAAGUUGAAGGAAACAGAAGAGAAGACACGUGCACAGAAUAUUGUUAUCAAACAAAACAUCACUUCUCUCCUUCUAACCUCUAAGACAGAACUCAAACGAAAAGAUAAAGAAAUCAGCAGACUAAACUUGUUGUUAGCCAAACGUGGUGGAGGAAACUUCCGAGGAAAUCACUCUGGGGUCAGAAAGUAUAAGGAGUCAUCGCCAAGUCAACAGAAUGUGCCCCGAGUGAGUGAGGAGGACACAGAUGCACAUUCACCUAGAAGAGGGAGAAAUAGUGAAUACGACAACCAGAAAAGGAAGAGAAACGAACCAAUCAAUGAAGGAACACCAAAAAGACAGAAAGUAGGAAACGCAAAACGCCAUGUGACCCCUGAACCCAAUGAUUGUAGAAAACCAUGGUCACACAGUCGGAGUCCAGACAAACCUGACAGGAGGACACAGGGGCCAGCAAAGAAGGACAGGAGGAAUGACAGCAAAUCCUCAGAUCACAGACGGAAGGAUUUUGCAGAGGUAGGGGGCAACAAUCGUAGGUCAAAAACAAGUAGGGAGAGAGAUCACUGUGAUAGUGGUACUAUAGAGAAACCUGGUCAGAGGAAAUAUGAUCGAGACAGUCGUGAGAGAGAUAAGUAUCAUGAGACUGCUGAGAGAGAUGAGGGGGUGAAGAAAUCUUCAAAAGAUGGUCCUGCUGGUGAAAGAAGCAGGAUGCGUAACAAAUCAAGCAGUGAUGAUAAAGACAAAAGAAUAGAGUCCAGUAAAAAUGAACAGAAUAGUUCUGGAGACUUACGAAAUAUUUUGAAGCGAAAGAGAGAUGGAAAAGAAAUGGAACAGAAACCUGUUGAAAUGGCAAACAGAAAGCGACAUUCCAGUAAAAAUGAAAGCAUAUCAGACAGUUUGAAAAACACAAACCAUGGCUCAAAAAUAUGUGACCAAGAACCAAGACCCAGUGAUAAGGGUCUUGCUAGUGGUAAGAUACCUGGAAUAAACAAUGAUAAUAACUUGAAACAUGAUAAACAAGAUGCACUUAAAACUGAUGGAAAUUUGUUGGAAAGUACUUCGGUUAAAACAAAGACAAAGUAUGAUGCAGAGACAGGUAGUAAUAUGAAACACAAUUCUGUGCAACCUCAGACUGAUGUCUCUUCUGAUCAGGACAGAAAGAAAGGAGAAAAGGUAAGGGAAUUUGAAUCUUCAUCUUCAUCAGCAAGUGGUUCUGUGAUGAAAGGUGACUUGUCCAAUAGUCCCACAGGUUCAGUGAGCUCGUCCACUUACAGUGCAUCUAAGGAGAAGAAGAGAAUCAAGCCAAUAAUGCUGAGUGGGAAACCCGAUGUGGCUGGGGAUGCUCACAGCAUGGACAACAGAUCUUGUUUUGAUUCAGUUAUACACAACAUAGAGAUGAGGGAGAGGUCCAGUUUUGCCAAUGCCAGGGUGGUUGUCAUGGAUGUUAAGGGUUGUCCUGUAGAUGCUGCUGGAUGUACAGAUAAUAAGAUUCAUUGUGAAGAUGGUUCUACCCUUGUCAAGGGUGAUGCCAUGGCAGAUUUAAAAGAUGAACAUGAUAGAACUCCAUCUAAGCUGUGUGCCAAACACAGUUCUUCCAGUGACUCAAACGCUACCCUGGAUAGAAUAUCUUCACUUCUGUCUGUGAUUAAGGAAGGUGCGCAGAUUCGCAGUGAAGUAAGCGAACAUUUGCUUGUGUGUACUGUAGAUCCCCAUUUGACAGACAGCUGUGUGUCUGUUGACAGGAAGACAGUUGAGUCUGUGGUUGGGGACCUAUCAGACCAAGACUGUUCUCUGGAUCUGACGAUGGAGGAGGAGAGGUGCUCCAGAACCGUGCCAUAUAUGUAUGUUAGGAAGUGUAGAGUCCAGGUGGAGCAUUCAACAAGAAGUAAUUCACACUCUCAUUGUGGCUCCAGUCUGUCAGGUGAAUUAUCCAGUAAAGGUGGUCAGGAUGAAGAAAAUAUGGACAUUAGUUCAGGAAAGAAGAAGAAAUCUAAAAAGAAACACAAACCCAAGCAUACAGAGAAAGAGAAUGUCCUGUCUGAUACAGUGGGUCAGUAUGCUAAUGUUACGAAAUCUGCUUUAUCAGAGAGAACAUCACCAGUAACAACUGGGGUUUCCUCUCACACAGGCCCUGAUUCUGUGAGCCCCAAAGUGAUUCAGCAAACAGAAAUUGCUGUUACCUCAAGUGACAUGGAUAACAAAAGGUUGUCUCAUAAUAAUGACAGUAAAUUGGAUCGCGUCGAUAGAAGAGAUCCUAGAUUGGAUUAUGGAGUUCCUGUUAAAGUAAAUAAUGCCACUUAUAAACUUGGUAAAAAUUCUGAAAGUGGAAUGAAUGAAAAUCUUGUUGAGAAGUUGAGAAGCAAAAAUAUAUCCUCAAACAAGCUCUCCUGCCAUCAGUUUGAAGAUUCUUGUAAAGAUGGGUCCCAUGUAGAGGGUCCAUUACCUGUUCAUCAUGUGGACAGUCGUCUGAAUGGUCAUGAAAGACCACCCUACCAUGUGGAACCAUUUGAUUUUACCUCAUUUCCUACGUCAUAUGCCAAAUCUGAGAGCGAGGAUGAGGAGAAGGGGAAUAUCCAAAAUGUUGAAUGUUGUAGCACAUCUGAACAUAAGGGAGUCAAAAGGGGUCAUCCAGAAAACAAUUUUUCUGACCAUGUUGGGAAUGUUGCUCAUAACAAUGAUUCAGGUAACAUCAACAUGAAUGAAUCUCGGUGUGAUAUAGCCACAGAAAAGAAAGGCAGGCAUUUGUCAGUGAGCACUGAUGUAGAAAUGGACGAUACAUCAACAAAUUGUCAGGUGACAAAAGAACUGUCUGGAAACAUCAGACCAACAUUCUGUCGUCAGUCUUCUGUUCCAGCACAAAGAACUAAUGUUGAGAACGUUUCAGUUGAUCUUGUGAAAAUAAGAUCAAGAAGUAUUUCAGACUCACAGUGUGGUUCCAGCCUGCCAUGUUCAGUUCCAGCAGAGAGUUGUCACUGCACCUUCAAGCCUGUGGACUUGUCUGUGAAGUCAACAGUAAGGACAAGCGGCUUGUCCCCAAACAAGGCAAAACCGUUUACUGAGUCAAGUCAUUUCCGUGGCUUUAGUUUGUCAGAAGAUGGAGCAUUAGAUUUGUCAAAGAAACAGAUUCAGAGACCUGAUGAAAUUGUGGUAAAUUGUGAAAGUAAACCAAUAGCAACUAAAGUCAGUGCUACAAUAAUUGAUCAAGACGAACCAAAAUCAAAGCAGAGUUCCAGCAAUAAUAGCAUGCCUGCAUCUUCUCCAAGACAUGUUUCGCAUUCAUGUUAUUCAGAUACAAAGUCAUCAACCUUGGUCGAUUUAAGCACCACAAAGUCCAAUGUUGCAGCCCCCGAUGGAUGUGCUCUUCUGUUAUGUAGACUAAUCAAAAACGAAAAAAAUGUUGAAGUCCCACCUCGACUGAACCUGGACACUGCUGCUGCAGCAGCGGAUGUGAAGCCUCCAUGUCAGGAAGAACAUCCUGCAUCAUCUGAUAAACCUUUCAAUGUCUCAAUACAAAGUAUGGAUAGAAGUGGCACAAGUGAGGAAUGCGUCAUCACUUCGCCCAAAACAGAUGACAACCAUGAAAACACUUCAGAAGAAAGUUGUACAUCUGACUCUGAAGGGGAGGAAGAUGUCACUCCUUCGACAAGUCAGGGUAUUUCUGAAUCAUCUUCUAAAAAUGUAUCUUCAACUCCAGUUUCAUCCUGUUCAGAUAAUCCCAAGACUGCAUGUUCAAGUGAAACUGUGACAACCAUAUCCAGUGUCCCAAGUAAGACUACUCCCUCAUCCUGCGAUUCCUCGGAAACAACUGCUAAUGAUAGUGAUAGUGUGUCAAGCAGUGAGGAGGAGGACAAGGGUAGCAGUGAUGAAGAGAGUUCAGAGGAUGUCUGUGUGACAGAUGAUGAAGAGGCAUUUCACUGUGAAAGCAGCCAGAGUGAGAUCCUAAUGAAAACACUGUCAUGUGAAAGUGUGCCCCUCAAAAAUUUUGAAAAGUUGCGACAUGACUUGCUCCUCUCUGAUGACAGUAGUCUAAGUUAUAAUCCUGAGUCAUCAGAAAAUCUUGUGUCUACAGCCAGUAGAUCUCAAAUGAGUAAUGAUGAAGAGGCCAAGUUUAAAUUACCAGACAUGUCCACUUCUGCUUUUGCAAGGCUGACUUCGUCUAAUGAAAACUCAGAUAAAACCACAUCACCAGUAACUAGGAAACCGGUGACAUCUCUAGAUGAAGACACUCAAAGUAGUCUUCUGUCCCUACAUGCAGAACAAUUUGAAUUUGACUGUGACCAAAGUGUACAUGUGGACCAGUUCAGAAGCCAGUAUGGUGAACCUGCCACAGAAACUCGAGUUGAAGAGCACGAAGAUGGGAAGUCUGAUAGUGAUGAAUGUUCUGAAGAUGGGGAGAUCACUAGUGAUGAAGAUGGUGCAGCUGUAGAAGCACCUGUUGAUGAAGAAAUCUCUGUUGAUUUGAGAGAAUUGUUGAAAGCAAAGCAGCUCCUUGAACAGAAAAUACAUGGGAUUCGUGGGAGGGAAAGUAAGAAGCCUUUGUCAUCUCGCCCUUGUGAUCGGGAAAACAGACAUAAAAAUCAAGGUCAUGACCGUAGGUUGGAACGAAAAGUUGAUAGACCUAGGGCUACAAGAGGUGUUGAUAACCGUAGAGGAUCCAAACCAAGUACAUCCGAUCAGGAGAGAUUCAGCAGAAAGGUUCAUGGAAGCGAUCCCAGACUUGACAGGUCAUCUUCAAGGCACAGAAGGGAUGAAGAACCACGUUAUCACACCAGCCCUUCAGCUCGUCAGAUUCCUUCUGAGAGUAGGAAAGACAGUCAUAGAAACAGUUCACCAUUAUCAUUAAGAAGUUCCCACAAAGACCACUAUAAAGAAAACCACAGGAAUCGUGGCAGUGAUCGCGAAGAAAGGACCAGGGCCCGAGGGCGAGAUUUGACAGACUCGGUUAGAAGCAGAGUUGACCGAAGCCCACUCAGUCGCCAUUCUGGCAGGAGAGGCAAUAGAGACAUGUCAUGACCCAUGGUGGUGAUAUUUUGUGGUGGUGAUAUUUUACGGUGAUAGAUAAAUGUGUUUUGCAAUCAUGAUUGUUAAAACAAAACUGAACACGACAAACAGAUGGCAGUCCAAGUGAGGGGCCCAUUGAAAAAAACCUAACUGUACUAACUGUUAAGAUUGUGUGGAAUUAUGGGGUGGGCACUUUGUUCUGUUGCAAUGUACAUGACAGUGGCAUUUGUCUUCUUUUUAUUAUAAUCUAAACCUUACCUGACCUCCAUAUAUGUAUCUCCAGAUGAGUGCUAGUAGUGAAGCAUAUCAGGUCAUCCGAAUAAGUGAAAGGAGCAACUCAUAAAGGAAGUGAAGGAACUAUUGUCAUGAAACAUGCACAGUGCAUUGUAGAUAAUUGAAUUCUCUUUAUGUAGCUUAAUGUUAAUGUGGUACUUUGUAAACAAAAACAAAUGUUUUGUUAAAAAGUUGGUACAGCAUUCAUUUUUUUGUUUGUGGAAUAUGUAUGUUAAACUUCCUUAUAUUGUAAAGCACAGUUGAUCAGUCUGUAGUCCAAGUUCACUGGCCAAACAGUGCCUUUUAGUACUGUGAUCCUCUUUUUCCAUUGAUGGCAGGGCACAUAUUCAUCAUGUAUGUUUGAAAUUUGGUGUGUUCCUGGAGUCUGUGAGGGUUUGUUCUGGGGUGUCUUCAUCUAGAACCCCACAAAUCUUGAUCUUCUCCUCUUACACUGACCCCUUGAUAUUGAUGCUUGAACAAAAACAUUACAUGUCAGGGGCGGUGUGGUAGCCUAGUGGUUAAAGCGUCCGCUCGUCAUGCCGAAGACCCGGAUUCGAUUCCCCACAUGGGUACAAUGUGUGAAGCCCAUUUCUGGUGUCCACCACCGUUAUAUUGCUGGAAUAUUGCUGAAGCGGCGUAAAACUAAGCUCACUCACUCAUUUUAUUGUCGUUAAUACAGAAUGUGUAAAAAGUGAUAGCAUGUAAAAUGUAUUGUGCCAAGGUUAUGAUUGAAAGUGUUUGAGCACAGGCCAAUUGCAGUGUGUUAAACAAGCCUGUAUGUCGGCAUUUUGUGCUGCAUGUAUACCUUUAGAUAAGAUUUUCUAAUUGUGAAUGAAAUUCUUCACGAUAUCAUACCAGAGAUAUGGGGUUUUUUUUUCACUUGUUAAAGCUUCAGAAAUAAUUGUUAUAAUGAACAUACUUGGAAAUAAGCUCCACUGUUAUCACUACUACAUAUUGCACUUGUACAUCAAUUGUGGCAAUAUGGUAAAGUAUUGGAUGUAACUAUGGUCGUAAAAUAUGGUGUAUAUUUGUGACAGUUUUGGAAUGGAUAAUGCCAACAAAAACACGUGUUUCCUCAUUCUGUUUGUAGUGGUCAUAUAAUAAACAUGGGUACCCAAA